GCGACGCAGAUUCCAAGAUGGUGCUGGAAAGUACUAUGGUUUGUGUGGACAACAGUGAGUACAUGCGCAAUGGCGACUUCCUACCCACAAGACUGCAGGCCCAGCAGGACGCCGUCAACAUCGUCUGUCACUCCAAGACACGCAGCAACCCUGAAAACAACGUGGGCCUCAUCACUAUGGCCAACAAUUGUGAGGUGCUGACAACAUUGACUCCAGACACGGGAAGGAUAUUAUCGAAACUGCAUGCGGUCCAACCACGGGGGAACAUAAGCUUCUGCACAGGCAUCAGGGUAGCACAUCUGGCUUUGAAGCACAGACAGGGGAAAAACCACAAGAUGCGCAUUAUCGCAUUUGUUGGCAGUCCAGUGGAGGACAACGAAAAAGACCUGGUCAAAAUGGCAAAGCGUCUUAAGAAAGAAAAAGUCAGCGUGGACAUCAUUAACUUUGGAGAGGAGGCCACGAACACAGAAAAGCUGACUAUGUUCAUCAACACUCUGAAUGGGAAAGAGGGAGCGGGCUCCCACUUAGUCACAGUCCCUCCAGGCCCCAGUCUGGCUGACGCGCUGCUGUCCUCACCCAUCCUGGCUGGGGAAGGUGGCGCAAUGCUAGGCCUGGGUGCCAGCGACUUUGAGUUCGGAGUGGAUCCCAGCGCGGACCCCGAACUGGCUUUGGCUCUGAGGGUAUCGAUGGAGGAACAGAGACAGAGACAGGAGGAUGAGGCUCGCAGGGCCGCUGUCGUGUCGGCUGCUGAGGCUGGGGUUCCCUCUCCUACGACAGAUGAGUCUGAGGAUGCCCUGUUAAAGAUGGCCACCCCCCAGGUGGCCACAGCCACGCCUGCUCUGCCUGACUUCAGCCGCAUGACAGAGGAUGAACAAAUAGCCUACGCUCUGCAGAUGUCCAUGCAGGGUGCAGGGGGAGAGUUUGAAGGUGAGGAAAUGGACACAGGUGCUGACAUAGACUCCGGUGAGGCUAAGGAUGAGGAGGACUAUGACGUCAUGCAGGAUCCGGAGUUCCUACAGAGUGUCUUGGAGAACCUCCCUGGAGUUGACCCCAACAAUGAGGCCAUCCGCAAUGCUAUGGGUUCUCUGGCCUCCCAGACAGGCUCAAAACCUGAGGCCAAGAAGGAUGAGGAAAAGAAGAAGUAAACAUCCAAAGAGUGGAACGCAGCACAUACAAUAAAGGACUAAGGCCCAAUUUAUACUCCAAAUGUCGGCUAGGAGACAGACGUCUCUCCACAAUGUUGACGUCACGAGAGACAGUUUUUGUGUCUCCCAGGGCCGUCGUGUACACGACACAUUUUCUUAUGUCGCAGACUCGCGCGCAUUAUGUCGCUUAGCUGUGAUUGGACAGUUGGAUUGAAGGGACGAGGUGUUCCGAGCGUUGCCAUGGUUUUGCUUGAGAGCGUUGUUUUCUCGCUACUGUUUACAGCACAGCGCGUGACGCGAAACGUCUCCAUAGAUACCAGGGGACAGUCAGCGCGACAAGCAUCAAUGCAACAACUCGAGAGACACUUUUUCGUCUGCCGGGAGACAUUUGGAGCAUAAAUCGGGCUUAACGAUAAACGACUCAGAAAUGCACUGUAUGGCUUGUUAAAAGUUUUGCUGCCCUACACCCAAGGCACCCUGCUAUUCACCUGAUGAUGAUAACGGAACCUUUCAGAUGGCCGUGUAUAACAGCUGUAACCUUAUGACCUCUACCCUUUUGAAUUUCCAUUGAGGCUGAUGUUGGUUUUUUUUUUUUGCUCACUUCUCUUUGUUUCAUCAGUUUGUUGACUUUCACUUAUCUACCCAGAAACACUGGGCGGAUGAUAUUAUCCUUAAUAAAUCUGAAUAUUACACAGUGGCACUUGGUGGAGUCUCA